CGGACGCAUCGGUCGACCUUGCUAGAGCUCCUCUCAGCUAUCCAGGUCACCCGAAAUCUUUUCCGGUGCAAGAGUUGGUAAAUGACUUCAAGAAACAAAAAGGAAUUUAAAUGCAAGGUUCUUAUCAUUGGAAGUGGUGUUAUUGGUCUGACCACUGCUUAUUUACUACUGGAAAGAGGGCAUCAUGUGGUUAUUAUAUCAAAGGAUUUUCCUUCUAUUCGACGCUUACCUAAGAUUGCUUCAGAAGCCUCUGGAGCACUCUGUGUUCCUCCUAUGGCUAUGGUUCAAAGGGCUGCAGAUGUACCGCAUGGUAAAUCAGAAUCUGAGCAAAGAAUCUUGAAUGAAACUUUGAAGGAAUGGUCAGUAUAUGGGGGAGAAAGAUACACCUCACUUUGCAAUGAUUCAAGAAAUACAGGAGUGUACUUAAGAGAGUUGGUAUUUCUUUUGGGAGAAAAAAUUGAUCCUGUAAUAUUGGAGGAGUACAAGCAAAUGAAAAGAUUUAAAAAUUCUAUGUCAUUGAUUAAGGAGAAAGGCUUGACAGAUGGAAAUGGUCUGAUAAAAGAUGCUGUUUCUUUUCUUGCACCAAUCAUUGAUCCACCAAAAUUUGGGACAUGGCUUUUUGAAGAGUGCAAAAGGAAAGGGGCACACUUUAUACAAGGUGCCAUUAGAGGACCACUGACAGAGCAGGGGGAUUCACUGAGAAUGACAUAUGGUGUUCAGUUUAUUGUCAACUGUUCAGGCUUAGGCUCAAUAGAGUUAGCUGGAGAUCAAGGAAUGUUCCCAGCAAAGGGGAUUCUCUUGAAGGUAAAAAACGAUGGCAGUUUAUUUCCUAAGAUUGAAUUUUGUGUGGAAGGGAAGCAUACCAGCUUUGGACAUGAUGAAUCAGGACAAGAAAUUUGUGGUCGUCCAUAUCUUUUCCCCAGAGGUGAAGAUACUCUGAUGUUUGGCUCAUUCUAUCAGCUAAAUCGGUGGGACUGCAGUGCAUCUAUUACAGCUCCAUAUGUCCAAUCUAUGAUCAGACAAUGCAAGGAUCUCUGCCCGUGCCUGAAUUCUCUUAGGGAUAGUGAUUUCCAGGUUAUUGUUGGCAUUCGACCUGGAAGAAAACCUGGACUUAGACUAGAACAAGAUCCUUUAGAACCCCGGAUAUUUCAUAAUUAUGGUCACUAUAGGUGGGGAAUGACAUUAAACUGGGGAAGCGCUAGAGAUCUUGUUUAUCUUAUCGAGAAUGAGGCAAAUAGGAUCCAAAAUGCCAAAGGGGAAGGAAAAUCAGCUGUUGCCAAACUGUAGCUGGAGAGGUUAAGCCUGGAGCAAUCUUAACUUACGUGUAACUCUGGAAAAAAAUUGUGUACAGUGACACUGUUAUCAAGCAAAACCCACAUUAUAAGCACGUGAAAACGAUUGAAUUGAGCUGUUUUAAGUGAGACCCAAGACCAGCAUUUAGAGGACAGCUCGAGAUGUUUUGCUGUAGAGUUUUAAUGUUUCAGGGAAACUAAAGAACUUUAAAACCUUUUAACCCUUAAUUGAUAAAAAGAAAUUUUCAUAGCCCUGUGGUAUUGUUGUAGAUUAGUCUUAACUAUAUAUUAUUAUAUUAUUACAUGUAUUUAUAUAAUAUAAAUUACAUUGUCUGUGUGAAAAUUAUUUUUAUAGGAACCUUUCCUUUUAAAUAGCUAAUAAGAGAGGACCAGUGAGAACUGUUUGAAUUUUGAAUUUUGAAUUUAGAAGCUCUUUGCACUAGAAAUUAAAAAAUUGGCAAAGGUAACUAGGUUCACAGAUACGUGUUCUUGCACUCCACUUGCAGCCAACGUUUCCCAAUUGCUCAUCAAACAUUCUACAUUUUGCUUCUAGAAAGCUAAAAUCAUCAGAGUAAGUUCUCAAUCAAGAGUGUAACGUAGGAAAAUAAACACACUCCACCCCCGUGUUACUGCUGAUUCAAAGAUAGUAAAUGACAUCGGAUUUAUAUACUA